AUCCAAGAGGUGUCAGCAUACUCAACUGACAUGAGAUGCCAUGAGAUGCAUGGAGAAUUUCAUGCCUCAAUGCGUUGGAUCUAGGACAUUCAUCACUGUGGCCCGCCAUGAAUGUGACUUAAAAGUCAAACUGGUCUAUUCAUCAGGCUGGCCGCACGUGUCUGGUGCAAUGGACCAUUGGUGAAUUUCUUUUAAUUGUCCAUCUCUUUUUUAGGUUUGCUGCCUACUUGAUGAGCAGACCUGCCUGAUUUAUGGGCCAAGGAAUCUCCACACUGGGACCCACCUGAUGAGCAGGGAUGAUAUGUGGGAAGUAAAUGCUGCCAUCUGCCCCAGCUACAGCAUGGGUAUGUCACAGUCAGAAAAAUUGCAAAGCAUCUCACGCCCUCUCUGAAACCCAAUUCCACAAUGGCAGCUCUUCACAUGCCUCUGUUCUUGCAUUCCCCCAACUUCAUCCCUUCCAUCUUCCUUCCAAAACCUCACCCACCUUCACCUAGAAUCCACAGAAUUCAAAGCAGCCGAUUGGAGAGCUUCCUUGACCUGAAACCUGAGUCGAAGCCGGAGUUCCUUGAUUUUGAUUUGCAACGGCAUGGGCCGUCGGACCGGAGGGAAUAUGAUAUGGUUGUCAUCGGCACUGGUCCAGCCGGCCUCCGCCUCGCCGAGAAGGUCUCAAGCCAUGGGGUGCGUGUGUGCUGCAUCGACCCGUCGCCGCUGUCCAUGUGGCCCAACAACUACGGUGUCUGGGUCGAUGAGUUUGAGAGCAUGGGGCUGGUGGGUUGCCUAGACAAGACGUGGCCGAUGGCGACCGUUUACAUUGAUGAUCAGAAGAAGAAGUAUCUCGACCGUCCGUAUGGCCGGGUUAGUAGGACGGUAUUAAAGAGAAGACUGAUGGAGGGGUGUGUUUCGCAGGGAGUGAAGUUCCACGAAGCCAAGGUGUGGAAGGUGGUGCACCAAGAGUUCAAGUCUGCAGUGCAAUGCAGUGACGGUCUGGAGGUGAUCUCGAGCUUAGUCGUUGAUGCUAGCGGCUUCUCGAGUGCCUUUGUGGAGUAUGACAGGCCCCGGAACCAUGGCUACCAGAUCGCCCAUGGGAUUCUAGCUGAGGUCGAGGAUCAUCCAUUCGAUCUGGACAAGAUGGUGCUCAUGGACUGGAGGGACUCUCACAUGGUGAAUGAGCCUUACCUAAGGGCGAAGAAUGAGAAGCUCCCAACAUUCCUCUAUGCUAUGCCCUUCGAUCGAAACUUGAUUUUCCUAGAGGAGACAUCCCUGGUCAGCCGGCCUGUCAUCUCAUAUGUCGAAAUUAAGGAAAGGAUGGUAGCCCGGUUGCGACAUUUGGGAAUUAGGGUGAAGAAGGUGAUCGAAGAUGAGAAGUGCCUGAUCCCGAUGGGUGGGCCGAUUCCGUGCAUACCACAGAGCGUCGUUGGCACUGGCGGGGCAGCUGGGCUGGUCCAUCCUUCGACUGGUUACAUGGUUGCAAAAUCUCUGGCCGUGGCAUCUGUACUGGCCGAUGCGAUUGUCGAGUGCUUGGGAUCGACGCGUAUGAUCAGGGGGCGGCCCAUGCAUAGUAAGGUGUGGGGCAGCGUUUGGCCCAUGAACAAGAGAUUGGAGAGAGAAUUCUAUUGUUUUGGGAUGGAGACCUUGUUGAAGCUGGACUUGAAAGGGACAAGGAGGUUUUUUGAUGCCUUCUUUGAUUUGGAUCCUUACUACUGGCAUGGCUUCCUUUCAUCAAGAUUGUCUCUGGGAGAGCUUGCAAUGUUGAGUCUUUCCUUAUUCGGGCAUGCAUCCAAUCCAUCUAAGUUGGACAUUGUGACCAAGUGCCCGUUGCCUUUGGCUAAGAUGGUGGGCCAGCUGGCCAUUGAAACCAUCUAAGCCUUUGGGUGAGAUGGUGGGCCAGCUGGUCAUUGGGAUCAUCUAAACCUUUGGGUGAGAUGGUGGGCUAGCUGGCCUUGUAAACUAUCUCAGCCUUUGGCUGAGAUGGUGGGUCUGUCCACCUAAGCCUUCUGCUGACAAUUGAAACCAUCUAAGCCUUUGGCUAUGAUGGUGGGCCAGCUGGCCAUUGAAACCAUCAAAGGGUGGGUGAGAGUGAGUGCCACAGAGCCUUUUGUAAUUUUGUGGGUUAUUCUGUAGCUGAUAUUUACCUUUUUUUUUUUUUUUUUUGAAUCAAUACAAAGUAAAAGAGCAAGUCUAAUAAAGACUUAGAAAACGUCUGUUUUGA